UUUUCAUGGAAAUUCAUGUAAUUGGAAAACCCGACAUAACGGAUAACUUCGACUGUUUCUAUCAACACAACUUAAGAGAGUUCAACAUUGCUGAAUGGUGAAAAUAUGGAAGUUGUAGAGAACUCGGUAGAUAGUGGACCGGCGCCGAAAAGUAGUGUGAACUUUGAAGCGGCUAUGGUUUUAAGUGGUGUUGGUGACGCUCUCGGCUACAAGAACGGUCACUGGGAAUUCUGCAGUUCAGGAACGAAAAUACUAAAUGAAGUUCGUAAAAUGGGUGGUGUUGCUAGAAUCAACGUGAAAAAGCCCUAUUGGAUCGUUAGCGACGAUACAGUUAUGCAUAUUGCUACUGGACAGGCUUUAAUUGAAAAUAGGCACGAUGUAGUUUUGGAUGAGCUGAUAAAGAAGCUGGCAAUAAAGUAUAAGGGAUGUAUGUCUGAUAUGGUCGGAAGAGAACCGGGAAUAAUGUGCGAAGACUCGUGCCGUAAAUUGGACCCUUGGUCUGCAUUGGGCUGCCGUAUCCCCUUUAAUACCCGUGCUGGCGGUUGUGGCGCGGCUAUGCGAGCAAUGUGCAUCGGUUUGAGGUACUGGAAAUCAGAUCAGUUAGACCAGCUCAUUGCAGCCAGUAUUGAGUCCGGCAGACUUACUCACCAUCACCCGACGGGCUAUCUCGGUGCCCUCGCUUCCGCUCUUUUCACCGCAUUUGCUAUUCAAGGGAAAUUACCGUACGAAUGGGGUGCAGAAAUGAUGACCAUACUACCGAAGGCGAAAGAACAUAUGCGAUUGAGAAACAUUGAAGUGGAAAAAAACUUGGAAUACUGGGAUUUCUUCGAGUCUCGGUGGUGUGAGUACCUGCGUAUGAGAAAUAUAUCAGACGGCAAAAGUAAACCAGUAUUCCCCAUGUUGUUCGAUGCAGGGAAGAGAGAUCAGUUCUAUACGAAUAUCAGCUUUGAAGAUUUUGGAGGAAGUAGCGGUCAUGAUGCACCGAUGAUCGCUUACGACGCCAUUCUAGGUUGUGAUGGCAAUUGGAUAGAACUAUGCAAUCGUGCUAUGUUCCACGGAGGAAAAAGCGAUAGUACCGGUGUAAUAGCAGGCUGCCUUUACGGCGCAAUGUACGGAUACAGCGGGGUACCGAAGAGGAAUUACUCUGAUCUUGAGUACAAAAAGGAACUGGAAACCAUUGGACACAAAUUGUACAAGCUUAGUUUAUUUGCUGAAGACGAUAAUUUAAAAAUAGCUCUAGAGGUCAGUGAUUUGGGAAAGCAUGCAAUGGGUGAGGUUUCGGGAAAGUCUGUUGAGGACAGUAACACGGUAAAGUUUACUGAGGACGAGGUUUCGGGAAAGUCUCUUAGGGACGGUGAUAUGGAAAAAGUUGCUGAAUACGUUGAUCCGGGAAAAACUCUUGAGGACAGUGAUACGAAAAAGAUAACUGCGGACGUUCCUGGAAGGCGAGUGGAACUAUGCAUUCGAUACGAAGCUGCUAUGGUCCUUAGCGGUGUUGGGGAUGCUAUAGGUUACAAAAAAGGCGAGUUUGAAACGUGCCAGUCUGGGACCGAGAUUCAGUCAAUGGUGGAGGCAUUGGGUGGGCUUGAUCAGAUAAUCGUCAAACCGCCGGAAUGGAUCGUUAGUGAUGAUACGUUGUUUCAUAUCGCAACAGCAAAGGUACUUAUUGACGCGAGUUCACGGGACUUAUCAAACGCUAAAUUUCUGAGAAAUCUUGCAAUCGAGUACAAAAACUGUAGUGCAGAAAUGGUCGAAAUGGGAGAUAGAAGUCCCGGGGAAACGUGUUUGUCUGCAUGCCGACAGCUUGAUCCAUGGGAUCCAAAUGGGUGCGGGGUGCCAUUCAACCCAAGAGGCGGAGCAUGUGGAGCGGCAAUGAGAGCAAUGUGUAUUGGGCUUCGCUACCCGAAACCAGAGCAACUGGGUGAUCUUGUCAAAGCCAGCGUAGAAGCUGGUAUAAUAACGCAUCAUCAUCCGACCGGGUACCUAGGAUCCCUUGCUUCUGCUGUGUUCACUGCGUACGCUAUUCAGUCAAAACCGGCACGUGAAUGGGGAGCAGGUCUCCUGUCCGUUCUUCCUCGGGCUAGAGAAUUCAUAAAUUCCAGGAAUCAGAGUGUUAAUGAAAAUGUUGGCGCAUGGGACUACUUUGAGAGUCGCUGGAAAGAGUAUCUUGGAGCACGACAGAUCAUGGAUGGCAACACCGACGCCAUGUUUCCGCUCAAUUAUGAUUGCUCAAAACGGGAUGCGUUCUACGAGUACAUGAGUUAUGAUGGGCUUGGAGGAAGUAGUGGUCACGAUGCCCCGAUGAUUGCCUACGACGCCAUUCUUGGAUGCAACGGAGAAUGGAAAGAGUUAUGUGAUCGGGCUAUGUUCCAUGGCGGGGAUAGUGAUAGCACUGGUGUCAUUGCGGGAUGCCUGUAUGGCGCCUUGUAUGGUUACCGAGAGGUCCCAGAAAACAACUACGCGCAGCUAGAGUACAAAGGGGAACUAGUGAAAUUAGGACGAGAUUUAUACCAACUCAGUCAUACGAAAUAAAUCUUUGGAAUGUCCAACAAUUGUUACUCUGUUAAUUUAGUGAAUGUACACUUAUUGAUCAGAUAAAUGACUGUACUAGACGAAAGCAAUAUUCAACAUGUUGUAAUCAAAUGGCAUUUAUUGAAAAAAAUAAGAUUAGUUUGGUUAUAAAUAUGUGCUACAGUGUGAGGACACUGCGCAAAUUAUAGCGUUUAAACAAAGUUCGUUAGAUGACACCUUAGUGUUGCAAGAUGCAUAGAAUGUAGUUGUUCUUAUUUGUAAUGGAUGUGAAUUGAUAUCCUAGAACAACAAAAGGAAAAGCUUCGCUACCUUAUUCCGUGUGUAAACGUCUUGGCAUUGUACACACAAAUAACGUCUCAAGAAUAUUACGCCAAUCAAUAGUUACAUUUUGUUUUGAUAUUGUUGUUCAGGUAUACGUUACAUGCAUACCAGCAGCAAUUAAUAAGUAUGCAUAAAAAGGCGUUGGUUGAAAUGCAUAACAGAAUGUGUUGCAUUGUAAACAGUUGUUUAUAUUCCUCUAUAUACAUAUCAAAACACACAUGAUACAAACGAGUAUGGUGUCAUCCCAUCUACGCUCGUACGAAAACGAAGAUUAAGAUUUUAGUACAAUAUGUCAGUGUCAGAGAUUAAAUUGAAAUCAAAUUCACAAUGUUUCAAGCGAUAAAUACAACUAUACACGUUAUUUCGAUUCGAAAAAGCGAUCUUUUACGAUCGUUUAUUCGAUGUCUCCUAUGUCCGUACAACCUUUCAGUUCUUUAAGUGCUUUUAUUUUUUUAUGAUUUUGCCUGCGAAGUGACUCAAUACUGCUAGUAUACUUAUAC